UUGAUUGCACGAUUGGAAACAGGGUAGCAAGAGUUCAAGUUCGAUCUACUAAGUAAGGUUUAAACCGAUGAAAAUGACGUUAUCAACUGAGGCGAUGCGAGAGAAUCUUCUGAAGUUAAUGAGAAAAAAGAGGACAUUGAAAACGAAAUUUCUUUGUUAAAUGAAAUUCUGAAAUCUCAAAAUAAUGUUGGAAUGGAAGAAUCUUUAAUAGACAAAGAUGACUACCCACGAGGAGACAUUGAUGUUUACAAAGUCCGAAGUGCCAGACAACAAAUAAUUUGCUUACAGAAUGACCACAAAACUUUAAUGAAGGAAAUAGAAGAAGGAUUAUUUUCACUUCAUGCCAAAGAAAAAGUUGGGCAAAAGACUACAGAAAAAGCAGAAGAUUUAGAUAAUUUUCAGGAUAUGAGCCAGUUGAAGCCCUUUGUGAAAAUUGACAGAGUUGAUACAGGAUCUCCUUCUCAUACUGCAGAGCUACAAGUUGGAGAUUUAGUAAUCAGAUUUGGGACUAUUACAAAAUCCAAUUUCAGGAAUAUUAAAGACAUUAGUGAACUUGUACAGAAUAGCAUUGGGAAACCAAUUGUGGUAGAAGUAAUUAGAGAUUCCAAAUUGCUGUCAUUGUCAUUAAAACCUCAAUCAUGGAGUGGAAGAGGAUUUUUAGGAUGUAACAUUGUUCCUGUCAUCCAAUAACAUCAACCAAGCUGUAUUAUUGAUCAGAAUACUUAUAGAGAACAAAGAAAAACUAUUGUAUGCUUUGUUUUUUUAGUGUAUAGCCUUCAAAUAUGCACACAAAUAAUUGUGAAAGUAAUCAUAUCUAAUGAAAUUUGCUGCUUCUGAUAUUUUCAUGUACUUGUGUAAACAAAACGAAGCCAGGAUCUACACGGACAUCCUGUAACUUACAUUGAUUUUUGUAAAUGAGAUAAUUAGUGUAAAUUAAAGAUGAGUUUUGUAUUUAACCUUAAAUAUGUUUUAAUUUAUUUUUUUAUGCAAUUGCACUUAUAUUUAACUUUAAAAUUUUUUUAGUAUGUGGUGCAUCAUUUAAAUAAUAAAUCAUGGAUAACCUCAUUCAACAGCACUUUAAGGUAAAUAACUUCAUUAAUUUUAAAUAUGUUUUAAUUCAAUGAUAAUAUUAACACAGCAGGCCACAUACUUGUAAGUAUAGAUGUUUUACAAUUAACAUGUUUAAAAUGUCAAUUUUUUUUGCAACUUGUAAUGCAAUAGUGAAUUUCCUGAGAUUACAAAGUUGGUUCAA